CCUGUUGUGCGUCCGGCUCGGCCCGGAGCGGGCAGUGCAAGCAGAGCGCGCCCAGGCCCGGCUUGUCGUGCGGCGCCUCGGUCCCCGGGUCGCCCGGCCCAAUGCGCCCGCUCGGCCUCGUCUACACCCUGGUCUGCGCCAACCUGUGCGGCUGUCGGGACGCCCCCGCAGCCCCGCAGAGCGCGUCCCUGCGAGCGCUGCGCGCCGCCAGCCUCCGGCGAGAUGAGAGCAAUCACCUCACAGACUUGUACCGAAGAGACGAGACCAUCCAGGUGACAGGAAACGGCCAUGUCCAGAGCCCUCGCUUCCCCAGCAGCUACCCCAGGAACCUGCUCCUCACGUGGCGCCUGCGCUCCCGGGAGAGGACGAGGAUACAGCUGGCUUUCGACAACCAGUUUGGACUAGAGGAAGCAGAAAACGACAUUUGUAGGUAUGAUUUUGUGGAGGUUGAAGAUAUCUCUGAGACCAGCACCGUGAUUAGAGGGCGGUGGUGUGGGCACAAGGACGUGCCUCCCAGGAUAACAUCCAGAACAAACCAAAUCAAAAUAACAUUCAAGUCCGAUGACUACUUCGUGGCUAAACCUGGAUUCAAGAUUUAUUAUUCUUUUGUGGAAGAUUUCCAACCCGCAGCAGCCUCAGAGACCAACUGGGAGUCAGUCACUAGCUCUAUCUCGGGAGUACCCCAUCACUCUCCAUCAGUGACGGACCCCACGCUCACGGCGGACGCUCUGGACAAAACAGUCGCAGGAUUCGACACUGUGGAAGAUCUGCUCAAGCACUUCAAUCCAGAAUCAUGGCAAGAAGACCUUGAGAAUCUCUACCUGGAUACGCCUCAUUAUCGAGGGAGGUCCUACCACGACAGGAAAUCAAAAGUUGACCUGGACAGGCUCAACGACGACGUCAAGCGCUACAGCUGCACCCCCAGGAACCACUCCGUCAACCUGCGGGAGGAGCUGAAGCUGACCAACGUGGUUUUCUUUCCGCGCUGCCUCCUCGUGCAGCGCUGUGGCGGCAACUGUGGCUGCGGGACCGUCGACUGGAAGUCCUGCUCGUGCAGUUCAGGGAAAACCGUGAAGAAGUAUCACGAGGUGUUACAGUUUGAGCCUGGCCAUUUCCGGAGGAGGGGCAGAGCGAAGCGCAUGGCCAUCGUUGACAUCCAGUUGGAUCACCACGAGCGCUGUGACUGUCUCUGCAGCUCCAGGCCACCGCGAUAGGGGCCCGUGCGCACACUCCCCGUGAGCAGUUUCGGGACGGUGUGUGGCAGUUGUGAGACCCCGUUCCCGCCACCAGCUGAACUUGCCACUAGCCCACCGAGCAGCAAGUGCCAGCGGCCGCCCAGCUCCCCCCGGCUCUGUCGGCCACAGCAGGUCGAAAGGCGCAUCAUCACAUCUGCAUCCCAGAGCACGGGGCCGCGUGUAAUAACCGUGCCGGAGAAUGUGUGCAAGUCUCCUCGUCUACGUGUGUGUGCUCUCCACGUCUGUGUGUAAAUUAUUCAACUGGUCUACUCAGUGUUCACAGCCAGGUACACCGGAGCUCACAUACGGUAGAGGUGUGUAGACCCUUAAAACCUUUUGACAAAUUAAGGGACAUAUUAAAUACGUGAAACACGCCCUUGGAAGAUUCAGAAGAUUACUUUGUUUUUAAAUUUGAAUUAGGACCUCAGAUCUUGCUCUUUUAAAGAAAGCACUGUGUAUAUACUAAAAAGCAAUAAAUGGGCUUUUCUUAUAGAUACAUCAUAAUUAUAAAAAAAUAGGAAAAAUACAGUUUCUGGGGCAAAGGCACAGACCUAACCGCGUUUCCCCAGGGACGCCCGCACGCUUACCUGUGUAGACAGUAAUCACCUGCCUACAGAAGCAUGCUGUGAUGUGUAGGUGCUUUAAACAUUAAGCCAUUAAGCCUUCUUUUUAUGCAUCCUGCUGAGGCGUGCAAAUGCAUUUAACACCUGUCUCAAAAAAAGUUCUCAGAAGGUUUAUGAUUAUAAUCUUUCCAGAGACCAUUUACUAACUGUAGCAGAAUUUUGAACUGUUUCUUUCUGAAAAUCCCUCCACAGAAAGAACGCCUUUGGAGAAUGGCCAGGAGACUCUGUAUGAGCCUUCCAAACUCGCGUUCAUUGAAAGAUUUGGGUCGUUGAAAGUGAAAACAGUGAACACAAUUAUUAAUGUAACUGGAAAUCGAAUGGAGGGUGUCAUUGGACCCGUAGUUAGCAAUGGAUCCAAACUCUCCCAGCUAAGCCAGUGCAUUUAUGUACCGGCUUUUCUGUUCCUGUCUCCCUGACACACAGAUAUGGAUUCACAGUGGCAUUUUAUAGUUGGCAAACGUCAUGAGUUAUUUACAGCCUGAAAGCAUUCACAUAUUAAAACGACCUGAUUUUGUGGACGCCAGUCUCUGAUCAUCUCCUUACUCACCGUUGUGAGUCCUGCUCCUGGACUGAGCGGAACCAGAUCCGGGGCCCCUGGUUCUUUCCAGAUCUGUAGAGCUUUGUUCUGAAAAGCCACCCUGCAAAUGACAGGCAUGUGACCGUGGCCUUGCUCCACCACAGGUCAUUCCUGUGGUGAGAGCCAUUUUCCCUGUCCAGCUCCUCAGCGUCUAUUUUGAAGGAGCCUGAAUCCAAGAGUAAUGAGUGACCCGUCACUCUCCAAAGCAGGACUCUUAAGAGAACAGCACUGAACUUGAGAGAGCUGUGAGGCUGCUCAGAGAUGGCUCCAUUUUUCUUGCUGCCUUGAAACGAGCCGAGUUCUUUCGCGAGGCUAGGCCUCUGCAUGCUAAUGCCGGUGUGAUCGAGGGCUGUGUGACGGGGGCUGGGUGAGCCCUGGUGUCACGUGAGUGGCCUAGGUAGACUUGGACCUCUAAGCACGUAGUAGGCUCUCCGCUCUCCUUAGUGGUCCCUUCCUGUCUCCUCAGCCCUUGGAGAUGAAAGGCCACUGGUCACAGCAGGUGCACCUUCAGAGCAUCCCUAGAAACCUCCAGUGUGUUUCCUGCACCGGGGGAGUGGGAAGAGCACUGUACUGGUCAGUUGUCCAGAAUCCCAGAGUACCGUCCGAAAUAGCAGAGUCAGACGCUCUCCUGCUCAGGGACUGCCUCCCUGUCACGGCCACCUGCAAGUGUCCCCACGAAAAUGGCAGCUUGUGCACCCCAAAUCCAACUGGCUACCCACAGAUCCAUCUUAGGCAGCUCCCAUCAUAACUGCAGGUGUGAAAAAUCAGGAGUGUUCCACCCAAUUUUCAGUAACCCUUCCAGGCUGUAAUGACCAGGAUAGUAUUCAGUUAAAGCCCUAUCUGCAUUUUUUAUUUAUUAGCUGGAAUGUAAGGAGACGUAUUCACUCACUUCUCUUUUUUCUUUUCCUGAGUGUUUUAUUAAAACGUCUCCCUUGGUUAUCCGUUAUCUAUUGCACUUCCAACAUGGAGCCAAUAAAUAUGUUUCAUUGCCAUCAAAGGAAUAAAAAGCUCGCCAUACAAAUUACAUUUCAAAACAAACCCUAAUAAAUUCGCAUUUCUGCGCGGCUCACUCACCUGGAAUAAUGCCUUUCAUUCACUGUGUCCUCAUAGGGCCAAACACUUUCAGAAGCAGAAUUUUUUAUGCUUUUGGUCGUAUCGGCAGCACGCAGCUUUUUCCUCUCGAAGCAUUUUUCUGUAGCAAAUGUAACAUGGCUCUUAUCUCCAUGAAAAAUAUAUAUUGCUUUUGAACAAAACUACUCCAUCAUUUACUACUCAAUUGCAGCUUUGAAAGGUAUACAGUGUUACAGACUGACUUCCAGGACCGCCCCCAGCUGAUGGGGGUGAGGAGCCCGGGCGAGUUCCAGGGUCAGUGUUCAGAAGGCAGGGACAGCACGAAGCUUGUCCUCGGGGUGGGUUCUCAGCGGGUCCCUGUCCCCGAGCUGGGCGGCAGGGAGAGACCGGAGGCUUUGCUGUUUUGUUGUUACUCCUGGACUGUGUGUUUCCCCCACUGGCUUUUUAAUAAAAUACAGUUUCAUCUGA